AUGGCUUCCCUGACGAUGGAGUCGUCACGCCGUCCGAUUAGGCAACGACGCAGAGAUCAGCCAGGAUCUGACGGUGGAGAGAGGCUUCGUCUACUCCGUCACGUUCAGCGCCGCUCGUGCGCGCAGCUCGAAUCGAUAAACGUGUCGGUGGAUGAGAUUUUGGCGUCCCGGAACGUGGAUUUGCAGACGCUGUACAGCGUGCAGGGGUGGGACCCAUACGCUUGGGCGUUUGAAGCGGAAGAAGAUCAUGUUCGGUUGAUUUUCAAGAAUCCUGGCAUGGAAGAUGACCCCACGUGCGGGCCCAUCAUCGAUGACAUCGCUAUCAAGAAGCUCUUUACUCCUGAAUCCUGA